GUCUCCUAUCCACUCAAAUUCAAUUCCAACCUUCUAAACCAAACUCAAAUCACACGUUAUAUUAGCUUCUCUAAUUUUCUGAACAAUACCCAUUUCUUAGAUCCACUUCUCCCCCAAAGAACCGCAGAUACCACGUACUCUGCCACUAAUGGGGCCCUGUUUCUUCGACACGCUAAAGGCGCAGCCAAGUUGGGUUCUUUUGCUGUUCAGUUUGGGAUCCUUUUCGAUUUUGAAAUUCUCUCUCGCGGUUCUCAAAUGGGUCUAUGUUAGUUUUCUCAGGCCCGCGAAGAAUCUUAAGAAAUACGGGUCGUGGGCUCUGGUUACGGGUCCGACUGACGGUAUUGGGAAGAGUUUCGCGUUCGAGUUGGGUCGUAAAGGGCUUAACCUGGUGUUGGUGGGUCGGAAUCCGGGUAAGCUGAGGGAUGUAUCGGAUUCAAUCAAGGCUAAAUACGGUAAGAUUGAAAUCAAGAAUGUUGUUGUUGAUUUCGGUGGGGAUCUUGACGAGGGUGUGAAAAGGAUUGGAGAAGCUAUUGACGGAUUGGAUAUUGGGGUUUUGAUUAACAAUGUCGGGAUUUCGUACCCGUACGCGAGGUUCUUUCACGAAGUCGAUGAGGAGCUUCUGAGGAAUCUAAUUAAAGUCAAUGUCGAAGGGACUACGAAGGUUACGCAGACUAUUAUGCCAGGGAUGUUGAAGAGGAAGAAAGGGGCAAUCGUGAACAUCGGGUCGGGUGCGGCCAUCGUGAUUCCGUCCGAUCCUCUUUACGGCGUUUAUGCUGCCACAAAAGCGUAUAUUGAUCAAUUCUCUAGGUCCCUUUAUGUUGAGUAUAAGGAUAGAGGGAUCGAUGUGCAGUGUCAGGUUCCUUUGUAUGUGGCAACUAAGAUGGCAUCAAUCAGGAGAUCGUCGUUCUUCGUGCCAUCAACAGAUGGUUAUGCUCGAGCAGCAAUGCGCUGGAUAGGAUACGAUCCCCGCUGCACCCCAUACUGGCCUCAUUCCCUUCUCUGGGGUUUGGCUCACUCAUUGCCAGAGUUUGUUAUCGAUGCAUGGCGUCUAAGGUUUUGCCUUGGAAUCCGAAAGAGAGGGCAGCUUAAAGAUUCAAGGAAGACGGAGUAGACAACAGUAUUCUGUAAUUGUAGUAUUUAGUGUGUUUGUGGACUCAAUAUUUAGGAUGCAAAAAUCUUUUACUUGGAACUCUUGUUCUUUCAAAUUACCUUUUUAUGCAUCUAAGCUUGGUGGUUUG